AUGCCCGCCUUUGCCAAGCGCAAAUCUUCUCCCCUCGCCGCCGGGGCGGAGCUUCGCGACUCGAUGGAUCUCCGUUCAGAGAACACCGGAUGCUCUCCUCAGAAGCGAAAGCUGAGAACUAACUCAUCACCAAUGAAGGCGAGUUCGAUCUCCACUCCGAUGAAAAGGACGUCGCCUCGCCGAUCUGCCAAUGCCAACCUCAACUCUCUCGAAAACAUCUGUGAACGGCUUCCUAAGUUGCGGAAAUCUCCAGUGAAGUGUUUGUUGAACGAUUUUACUGCCAAGCCGAAUUGGAAUCCGACAGAUGCGGAGCAAAUUAGGUCUGUGAAGAAGGCAUUGCACGUAUCUACAUCACCGUUGGCUGUAGUUUGCCGCGAAGACGAGCAAAAGAAGGUGUUGGAGUUCUGCAAAUCAUGCAUAGAACGGGAGAAGGCCGGGAGUUUAUAUGUCUGUGGGUGUCCUGGGACUGGAAAAUCAUUGUCAAUGGAAAAAGUGAAACAGCUUUUGCUUGAUUGGGCACAAGAGACUGGACUGGAAAAACCGGACGUAUUAGCCAUGAAUUGCACCUCUCUUACAAACACUAGCGAUGUUUUCAGCAAGAUACUUGGUAAAGACCAACCGCGAAAGAGAAGUUAUGGCUCUACCUCACCAUUGCAGCUUCUCCAGAACUUAUAUUCACAGAAAUCGCAAUCAUCUGGCAGGAAGAUGAUGAUCAUAAUUACUGAUGAGUUGGAUUAUUUGAUUACUAAAGAUCGGGCAGUGCUUCAUGAUCUUUUCAUGCUCACAACAUUGCCAUUCUCUAGAUGUGUACUCAUAGGAAUAGCAAAUGCAAUAGACCUAGCUGACCGCUUUCUUCCGAAACUUCAGUCAUUAAAUUGCAAGCCUGCAGUUAUAACGUUUCGAGCAUACUCCAAAGAUCAGAUCCUUAAGAUUCUUCAAGAGCGGCUAACAGCACUACCUUACACCAUCUUUCAACCGCAAGCUCUGGAGCUUUGUGCCAGAAAAGUUGCUGCUGCAUCUGGGGAUAUGCGCAAAGCUCUUUGUGUUUGCAGGAGCGCAAUUGAGAUGCUAGAGGCAGAGCUAAGAGAGUCUUCCAACAACUUCAAUGGUUCAUCUAUAGAGACGGCGUUCUUUGAGUCGCAGAUUGAUCCACACGCGGCAGUAGGGAUUGAUCACAUGGCUGUUGCUUUAUCAAAGACAUUUAAGUCACCAGUAGUGGACACCAUACAGUCUCUUCCGCAACAUCAGCAGAUCAUACUAUGCUCUGCUGUGAAGCUUUUCCGCGGAGGAAAGAAGGAUACAACAAUAGGGGAGCUGAACAAGUCUUACGUGGAGUUCUGCAAAUCAGCAUUGAUCCCACCAGUGGGAAUUUUGGAACUUUCAAAUAUGUGCAGGGUGCUAAAUGAUCAGGGGCUACUAAAGCUCGGUCAAUCUCGAGAAGAAAAAUUCAAAAGAGUGACUCUAAAAGUAGAUGAAGCGGAUAUCAGUUUUGCAUUGCAGGUAUAA